AUCGUUUUUGCUUUUUUCACACUCAAAUGCAACGCGAGUUCUCUUUCACGCUGCCAGAUUCAUACAAAUAAUACCCCAAAUCUUAGGGUUCAGGGUUUUCGCGCUUAUUGCCUCUCUCUCUCUCUCUCUCUCAAACUCAAAAAAAAAAGGACAAAAAGAGAGCACUCCGAUCAAAACCCAAUGUCAUCAGCACCGGCGACGGGCCCAGGCUCGACCCGGCAAUUCAAGCUUGACAGAGAAAGCGAACUUCGGGUCGAAGUCGGACCCGAUACCCAAAUCCGGAUCCGAUUACUCUCCGGCACCGCCGAGAUCUUCGGCACCGAGCUUCCUCCCGAUACUUGGCUCUCCAUUCCCCCCAGACACAAAUUCGCUGUUUUUACGUGGAAUGGUGCGACUGUGGAAUUGGAAGGCUUCAGUGACGUUGAGUAUGUUGCUGAUGAGACUCCUAUGGUUAGUUAUGUAAAUGUUCAUGCGAUACUUGAUGCGCGAAGGUCCAGGGCUAAGGCUGCAGCAAGCAGCGAUGUGGAUAAUUCACAGGGUCCAAGGGUGAUUGUUGUAGGGCCGACUGAUUCAGGAAAGAGUAGCCUGUGUAGGAUGCUCUUGAGCUGGGCUAGUAAGCAGGGUUGGAAACCGACAUUCGUGGAUUUGGAUAUUGGUCAGGGGUCGAUCACUAUUCCUGGAUGUAUAGCUGCUACUCCCAUCGAAAUGCCUAUAGACGCAGUCGAAGGGAUUCCUCUUGAAAUGCCAUUAGUGUACUUCUAUGGGCACACAACUCCUAGUAUGAAUGGAGAUUUGUACAAAGUUCUUGUGAAGGAGCUAGCUCAAACUUUGGAGAGGCAGUUCUUGGGAAAUGCUGAAUCUAGAGCUGCUGGAAUGGUGAUCAACACUAUGGGAUGGGUCGAAGGUCUUGGAUAUGAGUUGCUACUUCAUGCGAUUGAUACCUUCAAUGCUAAUGUUGUUUUGGUCUUGGGGCAGGAGAAACUUUGCAGCAUGUUGAAAGAUGUGGUGCAAAAGAAUAAGCCUAAUGUGGAUAUUGUGAAACUUCACAAGUCUGGCGGUGUUGUCCCCAGGAAUCCGAAGGUCCGCCAGAAGGCUAGGAGCUCUAGGAUUAGGGAGUACUUUUAUGGGCUGCUUGAUGAUCUAUCACCACAUUCAAAUAUAGUGAACUUCAGUGAUAUUUCUGUUUUCCGAAUUGGUGGCGGCCCACAAGCUCCCCGUUCAGCGCUUCCUAUUGGAGCUGAGCCUCUAGCGGACCCAGUUCGACUAGUUCCUGUUACCGUUAAUCGUGACUUGCUCCAUUUAGUUUUAGCUGUCUCAUAUGCAAAGGAACCUGAUCAAAUCAUCUCCAGCAAUGUUGCCGGUUUCAUCUAUGUCACAGAUAUUGACAUCAUGAGGAAGACGAUCACAUUCCUUGCACCUUGUGCUGGUGAACUUCCAAGCAAGUUUUUGAUUGCAGGAACAUUGAAUUGGUUGGAGAGCUAAUAUUAUUGACUGAUGAUCACUUCACUUUUAUGGAGUUGGAUGUAGCAGUCUACUGUCCAUUACCUAAGACUGAUAUUUUAAUGUUGUAGCAUGUAUAUCUGUUAAUUGCUAUUUAUAUGCUGCCAUAAGUGCAAUAUGGAACAUUAUAAAGUUGUCACUGCAGUGCAUUACACACGUCCUAAGUUUGGAACGUAUGUAGUUUUAAAUUUAAUUUUCAUUUAUCUUAGCAUGUAAUCGAGCAUUGAACCAGUGACAUCAUAAAAUUCUCAGUUUCUGACAU